AGGAGGUACGACACGCGGUUAAGCUCACGUGGCUGCUAUUUCUUGAUUGAAGGCAAGAAAGACAAAGAAGUCGUUAAAAAUGCAUUCCAAUGACGACAUUCAACUGGUGGCAAGUAAGCGCCAUAAAGAGACAAGUUUAGAGCAUAAAACUCAGUGAAUUUGUUGCUGGCUAGUAGCUAGAGUUUUACAAGUAGAGAUUAGAUUUGUUGUAAGAACCAAGGCUCAGAUGUUUGCAGUGAUCCUAUCCUGAAUGCAGGCACAGAAUACUUAUUGAAUACUCUAAAACAGAAUUACACUAAAAACAAUAAUAUCUCAAAAUCUAAGUGGUGGUUGAAACUGGUUGAAAAGCUAUUUCACAUCAGUAUAAGCCCAGCAAUCAACAAUCCUGAUCUUAGAAACGUCAAGUGUAUUUUUUGAAAGAUACACGCCAAACCAAAUCCACUAUCAAAGUACACAGUCUUGAAUGAUAUUAUUCAUGCACAAGUUAAUGAGAUUCAUAAUCCUUUUAGCUGGUCAUGUGACCGUGUCGUACGUACCUCCUCUGGGUUAAAAGAUUAACAUUUGCCAACUGCCAACUACCAACUGGAGUAGCACUCAGGGCCACCGUACGAGGCUGAUCUGCAGCUCAGCUAGCGCUAUCGGGAGUACAUGCACCAUGGACCCAAGUCAACAAGACUCUGAGCUACAUGCUCAAAAGAAGCUAGCCAAGGACUUAUCUGAGGCUGUAGUCAACUAUGAUGUCAUUAAAGUGAGAUCUUUGUUGGGAAAGGGGGCGGAUCCUAACCACCAGCUCUACUGGAGUGACGAGUGGGCGGAGCUGCCUCCAUUACACUUUGCUUGUCAGAAGGGCAACCUUGAGAUUGUGAAGAUACUUGCUACCCAUGGAGCUCAUAUUGAUAAAGGUGAUGGGAAGCUGAACAGAGUUCCACUGCACUAUGCAUCCAGGAGGGUUGAGGUGGUGAAAUACCUGAUCCAAGAGCUCAAAUGUAGCACUGAUUUGAGGGAUAAACGCAGCAGAACUCUUCUUCACUUGGCUUGUAUCGAGGGAAGUAGAGACGUGAUACAGUAUCUGGUGGAGGAGCUGAAGAUGGAUGUUGAUGUGAGAGAUGAUGAGGGAAAGUCCCCAAUGGACAGAGCAGUAUUAGGCGUGUAUGACAGCUGUGUGAAUGUUGCCCUCUACCUGAUGAGCCGUGGCUAUGCAUGUAGUGAUGAGGACAAAGCCAAUUUACUGUGUGGAGUAUGUUGGACUGGCAGGCUGGAUAUGGUGGAGGAACUGGUCGAACAUCACAAAGUUGACCCAGAGAAUGCAACUGACCGUGCUGGCUGGACUCCUCUUAGAAGAGCUAAAGAGAGUGGUCACUUUGUAAUCGUUGACUACUUCAAGUCUCUAUCACAACAAUCUUCUGUGAGUAACUGGAGGCAGGAGAAUGGACCACCACCAACAAAGAAACGAAAAGCUGCCCAGAAAGUGUGUCCUAGCUGUGAGGAGAGCUGUCACAUCCGCUACAAGAAAUGUCCCGAAUGUGAGCACAAGUUCCCUCACUCAAGGACAUAAUGAUAGAAUCGAAAAUAUUGUAACUAAUUAGUGGUACUGUACUUAUAAUUAUUCGUUUACCGAAUUACAUGUACAUGCGUGUAUAUAUAGUGGAUUAUUUUCGUAUGAUGGAAAUUUUCAAUUCUGAUUUAAAA